UGCGCUGUGCAGCCUAAGUAAAUAAAAGCCCCGGCCACUAUUUGAGGAUUUACGGUAGUCGACUUUGUAGGCCAGACGUUGUGCGCGUGUGAAUACAAAUAAUUCAAUAUAGAAGUAGUGAGACCUGUGUAGCCUAAUGUAACGGAGUAUGAACACAUUUUUAAAAUCAUAUAUGUACUUGAGUAAGAGUGAAAAGUGUUCUGCAUUAAAUGUACUCCAACAAGUACAAAAACCAUAUCUAAGUACAUAUGAGAGAGUAAAGAUAAUAAGUAAUAAACUAGUGUAUUAAAUGUUAUGUUCUUUAUUUUGUUCGUAAAACAUUGUGUUCCACAAAGGCUAAAAAAAUGUACACACAUUAUUAGAAAUACCAACAAAGGACAGGCUUCUGUAAUUAGGUAAAUAGGUUUCUACAAUUACGAACAUAGAAACUAAAACAUGGUAUACAAAAUGCAAAUUUGUAGUAAAAUAUUCGCAGAAAAUGACUCGGCAAAGAAAAAUUGUUGAGAGAAGAGGGCAUGGUGCGAUGCCUGGUGGAGGUGGCUGCAGGCAUGGGCACCCGCUCACCAAACAGCGGUUCCUGGCAUGCGCCAAUGUGGUGAGGAGGAAGAGGAGCCCAAAUAACAUCACGCCACCACUGGGUCAGAAGUGGUGGCUUGGGUUCACGAGGGGGCACUUGGCUGAACUCUCAAUAUGGACGCCGGACAUAUUUGACUGCCAGAGGGUGAUCUUCAGGCGGAAAUGGACAGUAGAGAGUGAGGAAAAUAUUUGGAAACUCUGUGAAUAUAUCAAAGCACAACCUCAACACUGCAUUCAAGAUGUGUAUGCAGUUUUCAUAUCUAAUGAAAGGAGAAUGGUUCCUCUCUGGAAGCAAAAAUCCUGUCGCAGAGAUCAGCCCGUAGUGUGGGAUUACCAUGUCAUACUACUGCAUACCGGGAACAGAGAGAGCUACGUUUAUGAUCUGGACACCACACUUCCUUUCCCCUGCCCACUGAGCUUGUAUGAAAAGGAGGCCUUCCGGUCAGAUCACGGUCUGAAGGAAUCUUACUGGAGGAAACUGAGAGUUAUUCCUGCUGAAACCUUCCUGAGUAGCUUUGCUUCUGAUCGCUCACACAUGAAAGAUGAGGUUGGCCAUUGGAGAAUGCUUCCACCCUCAUACCCCUGCUUAGAGACAGCAGAGUCUAAAAUGAACUUGGAUUCCUUCAUCAGUAUGGACGCCCAGAUUGGCUGGGGAAAAGUCUACAGCCUUGCAGAAUUUGUGCAACACUUUGGUGGUAAAGGGAGGCCAUCAUUAGCUAAUGACUCUCACAGACUUAAAGAUGAAGAUCAUGCAGCAGAUGAUUAGAAGUACACAUUUCCCACUCACAGUCCUGGCUGAUGACUAUUCAGCCUGUGAAGUUGAUGUUUUGCAGCACAUUUCCCAUUUCUCUUUAAUCUUGUACCGGAUUUUUCCUCCAACUUAAGGCAUUCAUAAUGUAUUAGGUCAUGUACCUUUUACAGUCAAUUUCCCACUACACUUAAUAAAUAUUCUGUUAAUGCAGUGUUAUCAAGCUAUUUCUAAAACGAAGUCAUUCAUUUGUGUUUAAAUCGACCAAAAGCUGGAGCUGAACAGUAUGAUGCGGUCAUUUCUUUUCUCCAGACAUCUCCUAGACCUAGAGACACAGACGUGAAACGGUGGGCCACAUUUCCAAACGUUUGACCAUACAAUGCUGAUCAUUUAUUCAUUGAUAAACAUGUUUGACCAUA